CCGUCCUCGGACUCCGGCCCCGAAGCCGGCUCGCAGCGCCUGCUGUUCUCUCACGACCUGGUAUCGGGCCGUUACCGCGGCUCGGUGCACUUCGGACUGGUGCGCCUCAUCCACGGCGAGGACUCGGACUCGGAGGGCGAGGAGGAGGGCCGCGGCAGCUCCGGCUGCUCCGAGGCUGGGGGCGCCGGCCACGAGGAGGGCCGGGCCAGCCCGCUGCGCCGCGGCUACGUGCGCGUCCAGUGGUACCCGGAGGGCGUCAAGCAGCAUGUGAAGGAGACCAAGCUGAAGCUAGAGGACCGCUCUGUGGUGCCCCGUGAUGUGGUCCGGCACAUGCGUUCCACUGACAGUCAGUGUGGUACCGUGAUAGACGUCAACAUCGACUGUGCUGUCAAGCUCAUUGGCACCAACUGCAUCAUCUACCCCGUCAACAGCAAGGACCUCCAGCACAUCUGGCCUUUCAUGUAUGGGGACUACAUCGCUUACGACUGCUGGCUGGGGAAGGUCUAUGACUUGAAGAACCAGAUCAUUCUGAAGCUAUCCAACGGUGCCAGGUGCUCCAUGAACACAGAAGAUGGCGCCAAGCUGUAUGACGUCUGCCCACAUGUCAGCGACUCGGGUCUCUUCUUUGAUGAUUCCUAUGGCUUCUACCCGGGCCAGGUGCUCAUCGGCCCUGCUAAGAUCUUCUCCAGUGUCCAGUGGCUGUCAGGGGUCAAGCCUGUGCUCAGCACCAAGAGCAAGUUCCGCGUGGUGGUGGAGGAGGUGCAGGUUGUGGAGUUGAAAGUUACUUGGAUUACCAAGAGUUUCUGCCCUGGAGGCACGGACAGCGUCAGCCCCCCACCUUCUGUCAUCACUCAGGAAAACCUAGGCAGGGUGAAGCGUCUCGGAUGCUUUGACCAUGCUCAGCGGCAGCUUGGGGAGCGCUGUCUGUAUGUCUUCCCAGCCAAGGUAGAGCCGGCCAAGAUUGCCUGGGAAUGUCCAGAAAAAAACUGCGCCCAGGGGGAGGGCUCUAUGGCCAAGAAGGUGAAGCGUCUGCUGAAGAGGCAGGUUGUGAGAAUCAUGUCAUGCUCCCCGGACACCCAGUGUUCCAGGGACCAUUCCAUGGAGGACCCAGACAAGAAAGGGGACACCAAAACCAAGAGCGAAACAGGGUCUGCUAGCCCCGAGGAGCCACCUGACGGGUCUGCUAGCCCAGUAGAGAUGCAGGACGAGGGCUCAGAAGAGCCCCAUGAGUCAGGCGAGGCACUGCCUCCCUUCCUGCUGAAGGAGGGUGGAGACAAUGGGCUGCACUCAGCAGAGCAGGAUGCAGAUGAUGAGGCUGCCGAUGACACGGACGACACCAGCUCAGUGACCUCUUCUGCCAGCUCCACCACCUCCUCCCAGAGCGGCAGCGGCACAGGUCGCAAAAAGAGCAUCCCCUUGUCCAUCAAGAAUCUAAAGCGAAAACACAAGAGGAAGAAGAAUAAAAUAACUCGUGACUUCAAGCCAGGGGACAGGGUGGCAGUGGAGGUGGUGACCACGAUGACCUCUGCUGACGUGAUGUGGCAGGAUGGCUCCGUGGAGUGCAACAUCCGCUCCAACGACCUCUUCCCAGUGCACCACCUGGACAACAAUGAGUUCUGCCCUGGAGACUUUGUGGUGGACAAGCGAGUCCAGAGUUGCCCGGAUCCUGCAGUCUAUGGCGUGGUGCAGUCUGGGGACCACAUUGGCCGCACCUGUAUGGUGAAGUGGUUCAAGCUGCGACCCAGUGGGGACGAUGUGGAACUCAUUGGAGAAGAGGAAGACGUGAGUGUUUAUGACAUUGCUGACCAUCCUGACUUUCGGUUCCGCACAACUGACAUCGUCAUCCGCAUUGGCAACACUGAGGAUGGGGCUCCCCACACAGAGGAUGAGCCAUCAGUGGGCCAGGUGGCGCGUGUGGACGUCAGCAGCAAGGUGGAGGUGGUAUGGGCUGACAACUCGAAGACCAUCAUCCUGCCCCAGCACUUGUACAACAUUGAAUCCGAGAUCGAGGAGUCAGACUACGAUUCCGUGGAAGGCAGUACCAGUGGGGCGUCCUCAGAUGAGUGGGAGGACGACAGUGACAGCUGGGAGACAGACAAUGGGCUGGUGGAGGACGAGCACCCCAAGAUAGAGGAGCCCCCCAUCCCACCUGCUGAGCAGCCAGCCGCUCCUGAGGAGGACAAGGGGGUGGUGAUCAGUGAAGAGGCGGCCACAGCUGCCAUCCAGGGAGCUGUGGCCAUGGCCGCCCCCAUGGCGGGGCUGAUGGAGAAGGCUGGCAAGGACGGUCCCCCGAAAAGCUUCCGGGAGCUAAAGGAAGCCAUCAAGAUCCUGGAGAGCCUCAAGAACAUGACUGUGGAGCAGCUGCUGACCGGCUCCCCUACCUCCCCCACCGUGGAGCCCGAGAAGCCAACCCGGGAGAAGAAGUUUCUGGAUGAUAUAAAGAAGCUACAGGAGAACCUUAAGAAGACCCUGGACAAUGUGGCCAUCGCAGAGGAGGAGAAGAUGGAGGCCGCGCCUGACACAGAGCGCAAGGAGGACAAGCCUGAGGGGCAGUCACCAGUGAAGGCCGAGUGGCCUAGCGAGACCCCUGUGCUCUGUCAGCAAUGUGGUGGCAAACCUGGUGUCACCUUCACCAGUGCCAAGGGCGAGGUCUUCUCAGUGCUGGAGUUUGCGCCCUCAAAUCACUCUUUUAAGAAAAUUGAGUUCCAGCCUCCAGAAGCCAAGAAGUUUUUCAGCACUGUACGGAAGGAAAUGGCGCUGCUGGCUACCUCCCUUCCUGAUGGCAUCAUGGUCAAGACUUUCGAGGACAGAAUGGACCUCUUCUCAGCCCUAAUCAAGGGCCCCACCCGAACCCCCUAUGAGGAUGGCCUCUACCUGUUUGACAUUCAGCUCCCCAACAUCUACCCAGCCGUGCCCCCCCACUUCUGCUACCUCUCCCAGUGCAGUGGACGCCUGAACCCCAACCUGUACGACAAUGGGAAGGUGUGUGUCAGCCUCCUGGGCACCUGGAUUGGAAAGGGGACAGAGAGGUGGACGAGCAAAUCCAGUCUUCUCCAGGUGCUCAUCUCCAUUCAAGGUCUGAUCCUGGUGAAUGAGCCAUACUACAACGAAGCUGGCUUCGACAGUGACCGGGGCCUGCAGGAAGGCUACGAGAACAGCCGCUGCUACAACGAGAUGGCGCUGAUCCGGGUGGUGCAGUCUAUGACCCAGCUGGUGCGACGGCCCCCGGAGGUCUUUGAGCAGGAGAUCCGGCAGCACUUCAGCACUGGUGGCUGGCGGCUUGUGAACCGCAUGGAGUCCUGGCUAGAAACCCAUGCCCUGCUGGAGAGGGCCCAGGCACUGCCCAAUGGCAUCCCCAAGGACAGUGGCUCUCCAGAACCUCCUGCUGCAGCUGAGCUCUCAGACUCCGGCCGUGAAGAACCUGAGGAUUCUGGGCUGGCCCCUGGAGAGGCCUCCCAGGGCUCAGACUCGGAGGGUGGUGCCCAGUGCCCUGCCUCAACUAGCAGGGACCACACAGACCAGGUUUCGGAGACAGCGCCUGACGCAUCAGUGCCACCCAGCGUCAAACCAAAGAAGCGGAGGAAGAGCUACCGGAGCUUCUUGCCUGAGAAGAGUGGCUACCCUGACAUCGGCUUCCCGCUCUUCCCACUCUCUAAGGGUUUCAUCAAGAGCAUCCGGGGCGUCCUGGCACAGUUCCGGGCCGCCCUGCUGGAGGCAGGCAUGCCCGAGCACACGGAGGACAAGUAGCCACCAGCCCCAAGGAAGGAGCAUCACUAUGGGAGAGCCAGCUGCUGCCUGCUCACUCCCUCCCCUGGAACCUCCCCUCCUGGCCCCCCGUGUGAGCCCCUCAACCCUCUGCUCCCCAAGGCAAGUUUGAUGCUGAGUGUAAGGAGUGCCCCAAAACGCUGCGUUUCUGUUCUGAAGCGAUACAUGGGCAGGUCCCCUGUGGCAGGGAAAUCGGGACCUUGUUGCGAUUUUCCACAUAUUGCCCAGGCAGAAUGUCUCCCUUCUCAGGUCAGAGGUGGGGUGUUCCAGGGCCAGGGGACCCUGCAGCGGGGCAGGAGAGUGGAUGUGCCUUGCAUGAAGUGUGGGCUGCUCCUGCAAUGUCCCCGGUCCCUUUCAACCUCUUCAAUUGGACUGUAGCCUCCCCAUGUCCCAGACCCUCCUCCUGCUGCCACUGCCGCUGGAUAUGCCCCUCAUCCCCUAGCGUUGACACCAUCCCACGGGAACUGAAGCGCUGUUGCUGACUCCCAGCCCAGCCCGUUGGCCACAUAAUAGCCUUUAGGCCUGUUGAACUUGCUCUCUAAGAGAGGUUGGGACAGGCUAGGUUCAGGGUGUUGCCUGGGAGAGGUGGUGGCCUCAUGCACCAACAUGGAGUUGAGGACAGGGAGCUGGUGGAGAACAAAGAGCUGUAGGUGCCUUGUGCUUCCUGUCUGUGGCUGGUGGGGGCACCAGCAGCUCAGGCCCAUGGGGACUGCAGUGACACCUGCUGGCCUUCCAGCCUCACACCAGUGAGCGGGCGGGUGCAGGGCCUCGCCCCAUCUGGUGGCAGGAGCCUCUCUGGGAUGAGAUCUAGGCCUCCGUCAGCCCCCACUUAGAAACUCUGCAGGCGCAGUCCAGAGGGAGGAGGGAGGCAGCAGCAGCGCUCAGUCCCCUCCUGCAACGGGCCCAGAGGUUUACAAGUUUUCUAAGCUUUUGAUAAUGUGAAGCUCCAGGUUCAGAGGAUGCUGUUGAGCACAUUGCAGCUAUGUAAUUUCUGGUGUAUGUAUGUAAUAUUUAAGGUUGGAAAAAUAAAUCUCAAAAGCAAAAGAUAUUAACUCUUAUUAGAAAAAAAAGACAAAAAAAAAAAAAAGCCAAAGCAUGAUGCGUCUUGUCAGCCUUAAGUGGGCUCCACGCCUGUGCUGUGAGGACCACCCAGGCAGCAGAGCCAUGGGAGUGGCGGAGCUGGGCCACACUCAGGCACUCACUGGUGUCUUCAGAACAUCAAGUGUCUGGUGGGGCUGCAGCUCCCGGUGGAGUUGUGUGGAGAUGUGAAUGCCCACUGCUUACAAUAUCUGUAUAAAGUGCUGUGUGAUUAAACUUUUUUUUUACUUGCAUUUUUUUUUGUUUGUUUGUUUGGCUCAUUAACAAGACAAGGUGACACCAUUAAACCUGCCUCUGCCAUU